CCUGUAAAGUACCUCCAUUGAUAAGUGUUAUGUGAACGACAUCGCUACCGUGGGUGUCCUGCUGAGCUGUGUUUUUUUUGUGUCACCAGGAGUUGGGAGCGAGGAGCGUCGUCACGAGGGGAAAUCACGGAGCGGAAUCGAGUUUUGGAAUUGUCACCUUUUCACUGUUUAUGGACAUGUGCACUGUGUGGGAUUCACAGAGGAAUCGCCACGGGAGCCACACUGCUGGAUUUGUACAUAGUUGUUGUUUUUUUCCACUCACUUUAAAUAAAACCACUGUCCUUCACUAUAAGAGUCCAGCGUUUGGGUCCAACUUUCCUCAACUCCACAGUCUGCCAUCGCUGACUGUGACAGAAUAAUCCCACCAUAAUGGGCUCAGCAGACUGAAAUGUCACCUCAGAGGAGGAGUUGCUCACCCAGCUCUGGAGUUACCCCCGGAGCGUAAUCCAGGCUGCAAAUCAACAUCAGAGACACAUACAGGCAUACAGUUUCUCCACCGUCGCUCGCUUCUCACUUGUUGGACCCUCCACUGCAGGGAAGACGGCUCCCUCGCCAUCAGCACCCUACCCCAUCUCCUCUCACUCCUUCAACAUCUGCUGAGGCAGCAGACAAAUGACCGGCAGUGCUAGUCACCUCAGUAAGUAGACAGGACUCUGUUGUUUUAAUAAAUCCUGUCACAGAGGAUAAAAAUGCAGAUAAUCAGGAGGGGACAGUUUCCAUACACGCGGCCCCACCUUCUCGGAGGAGACGGCGCCCGCGCCAUCGUCAAACCAAAUCUCAUCUCACUCCUGUAGCUUCAGAAGAAUCCGCUGAUUCUGCAUCAGCAGUGCAAGGCUCCGCAGUGAGUAAUUCAGACUCACCAUAGUUGUAACUCCACUUGCUAUGAACAAGAAAAUGAAGGCUGUUUCUCCUGCACUCGCUAGCAAUGCUAAGCCUGCUGAAAGUGGAGAGAGAGAGGUUUUGGCUAACCUGUCCCCUGUGGGUUUCUCUGGGUCAGUGGGCCUGGAGACUGUUAGUUCAGUGGCUGUCAGCUCACUCUCAGUGGGCCCUGUAGUUACUAAUUGUGAACCUGUUGUGAGUAACCGAGACAUUUUGUCAUUACCUGUUGAAACAGUGACUAUUCAUGCUAGGGAGGAGUGUUGUUCAGGGAGUGAUGGGAACUGUUUUUCUUGUGCUCAUUUUGAGCCUGGAGAUUUUAAACUAGAGCCCAUUAACACCAAGGCUGUGGAUUUUCAGACUGUUUGUGUGGCUGAUAACUGGACUGCGUUAAAGUUGGGAACUCAUCCCGGGGUCUAUUCUGAGGGUGAACAUGGUUCUGGAACCGCCCCUGGACCUCUGGAGAGUUUGCAACCAGAAUUCCCCACACUGCCGCCUUUGACCUUGGCGGGGAGAUCAAGUGAGCUGAUUCAGCAGACUGUGGACAGUGUAGCUGUUUUAGUGGACUUUGAAAUUGCACAUCCUGAAUUAGGGCACUCUAAUUUAGGAAACUCUGAGGUGUGGCCAGAGCACUCAGAGCCGCCAGCUCAGCAUGAAACUCAGCAAUUAGCUCAGUCAGCCACUCACCCACCUGCUCAACUUCACCCACAAACGUCACUACAGUCAGUAGCUCAGUUUCCUGUGUUGCCACGAGCUCAAUCUCCAGUGCAGUCUGUUCCGUCGUCAGUUCAACUGUUAGCACCGCCUACUGUAGCCCAGCCUGCUGCCCAGCCUGUAGCUAAGCAGUCUGCAGUAACCACACCACCAUCACUUCACCUGCCUAUUGCUGCUGCAUCACUGCCCAAUCUACCGCCGGUGGCUGGUACACUGCCAACAUCUCCACCGCCUGCAGCUGCCAUAUCACCAUCAUCACCAUCGACUCAACCGCCGGCAGCUGCGGCGCUGCCGGAGGGACCCGCUCUGCCCGACCAGGAGGUCAGCGCCCCGAAGGGGCCUGCACGUCCACGUCUAGCACAGCCUGCACGUCGCAAACCAUCUACCGUGCUUCGCCGUUGCCCAUCAGAGCUGUUACAUGGUCGGCCGCUGGAGCUGCUUCACCACAACCAGACCUGUGGUCGGCUGCCGGACUUGCAACAUCGCCGCUGCCAGGUCCACGGCUGCCCACCUCAACCGUUUUGCCGCCCUGGAUCCGUGGUCAGCCAUCGGAGCUACUUCGAGGGUGCCAUCAGAUCCCUGGCCGCUCACCAGAGCGGCCAUAUUGCCUCCACCAGGGCCGUGGCUGUUUUGCCACUGUUGCCGUCCAUCGGGUCGGCCACCAAAACUGUUUUGUCGCUACCGCCUGGACCGCAGUUGGCUGUUAUGCGGCCGUCGCGGGGAUCACGAUUGGUCCUAUGGACUGGUUGAACUUUUGGACUGAUGGGGUUGUUUUUGUUUAGUUUGGAGGGGUCUGCCACAAUUAUAAUGUUUGACUGGAAUCAUGGCUAAGCUUUUGGAAAAUGAUGACGCUGCAGCUGACGCGGUGUGCUUAUAAAUGACUGAUUCUAAAUAACCCAGCAGUCAAUUCGGAAUAUUUAAACUGCUUUAAUCAGAGGUCAGACAAGGUCAGACGAGGCAGCAAACACGUGUUGCAUCUUCUGUCUCGCUGUAAUCUCCUGACUGCAAACUCUUUUAUACAGGCACAAAAAAACUGUGUGAUCUAAGUACUGUCAUUUAAGACAUGAAGUGAUGAAUGUUUUUAGAUGACAGGCGAGGUUCAUUUACCUGUUUGUUUAUCUGACAGGGGAUUUCUUUAAAUCACCCCGCAGUUCUUCAGCUUGAGACACCUGAGUUAGAAAACACAAACACUGCAGUUGUCUUUCACUCGUGAGGGCAGUCAUGGACGCACGACCUGCGUCUCAUCACUGUCUGCGUGCUUUAUUUAUACUUUUCUGUGUGUGUGUGUGUGUGUGUGUGUGUGCGCAAAUAA